AUGUGGGAAUCAGCGGAAGGAGUGAGUGAAUCGUCUCAAAUAACUUUGAUUUAGGCUUCUGUGGCGGAUAUGGUGGUUCAGGCGGCCAAAGAACAUCUAGUUUCCACUAAUCUGCCAGGGUUUGUCUUUCACGAGGAAUCUGGCAUGUACUACAAUCGAGAAACCGGCUAUUAUUAUGACAUGGUAAAAUAUUUUUUGUAUAUUCAUUAUUUUUUUAGAGUUCAAAUUUGUACUUUCAUCCCAUUACCCAAUGUUAUUACCAAUACGAUGCCGACACUGGCCAAUAUAAGUCAUUCUCUACAAGAAAUUUACAGUGGAAGGAGAAAAGGAAUAAAAAGCGGGCAAUUAAACUUUUCGGAGAGAAUUAUCUACAGAACCUGGAUCAAGAUUACAUUGAUGGAUGUGAAGUGUUGUUUGAGAUUGUGAACAAACUCUGCGUUGAGUUUAGCCACAGAAGUUUUAAUUUAAAGAAUGUUAGAAAGGAUGAAGAUGUAGGUGUAUUAUUUGAAAUUUGAUUCUUUAGGAGAUUGAGUUCGAUGAUGUGUUAGAAGAAGAUGAAGACACCAGUUCAGAUGAAUAUGAUUACGACGCGGAGAAUAAACGCCGGCAAGCAGAAGGUAAGUAAAAUUACGUUUUCCAACCUAAGAAUAGAGGAAAUGUCCAAGCAUCCGCCUUGCAUUCGUCUGAUCAAUGCCCAGACCUCCGAUCUCUCCAUAAUCACCAUUGAUGGUGGAUCUGUGGGAUCUUCUACCAUUUGUGAUGUUAUUGUGCCUGAUGAACUUCCUGAGGUAGCAAAAUUUUUUAAAAUUAGUUAUUUGUUUUAGAGGUACCUUACUUUUAAAUUUGACGAUUCCUGCAAUUUUUAUAAUGUUGUAAAACUUUCGGACCAUCAAAUUUACGUGAAUGAACAGGAGAUUACGGUAAGCUUGAGGUCAAACUUAAUUGGUUUUAGGAAAGUCAUACAUUACGUCAUCUAGACCGGUUGAAAGUAAGAUCUCAUCAAUUCGUGGCUCACAUCCACAAGGGAUGUAAUACUUGUCCAGAUUGUGAACCUGGGCUUUUAAUAUCAAAAAAGAAGAGUGUAGUCAAGACGAAAAGUACGAUUAGUCAUCGGAAAGAGAUGCAUCGGCUGAAGUCUCAAUUUGGGCUUAUUGGGCCUUCCUCUGCUUACAACGAAACUUGCUUCAAAGAUCGAGCCAAACAACGGAGAUUGGUCGAGGGAAGUGAGCCGCCGGUUACUGUAAGGUCCGAUGACAUUUAUGCCAAUUGCAAGGCUAAUCCAAUACAAAAUUUUGGUAAGUUAUGAUAACAUGAGUGUUAUAGUUGCAGUGCAUAUUACCCAAAAACCAAAGCCAAUUGAAGAGGGAAAAGGUUUCAAAUUACUGAAGGCAAUGGGAUGGAAGCAAGGAGCUGGACUUGGAAGAAAUGAACAGGGAAUUGCUGAACCGGUGAGUAAAUAUGUAACAAGUAACAAUUGGAAACCACAGAUACGGAGUGAAAUAAAAAAUGAUCGUAGUGGACUUGGAUCGAGCAAACCCGGGGAACCGAUCCACAUUCCAGCCAAGCAGAAGAUGAAGAUCGAGAUUCUAGAGAAGACAAAACAAAGAUACGAGCAGAUCAGGCCUUCCUGA